AUGGCGAAACAAGCUGAAGUUCUGGCGAAAAUCGAAGCGAAUUUGCAUCGAGCUAUUCAGCGUCAAGACCUGACAACACAGACGGUGAAGUUUGAACUUGAUGGUCAAGUACGAGCAUGUUGUUUACCGAAGUCAUUUACUUAUUCAGACUUACUCAAGUCUAUCGAGGAUUUAUAUGGCAAUCGAGCUUUGCUUGAGCUUAAUAAUAUUCAUUGUUUAUUUUCGCGAGAUGACGCACUGCGUUUACCAAUCACAAAUGAUGAAGAUUUGAAAAAUUUAUUUGCCAUUGCAAAGGUAAAUGGCUUGAAUAAACUUACAUUUUUCCUGAAAAAAGAAACAACGAAGACAAAUUCAUCAUCAAAAAUGCCAACUAAUCUGAAUGAUGAUUCAGGAACAACCUCAGACGAUGGACAUAAUCGAGAUGUUGAAUCACCACCGCCAGGUACUCUCGUUCCACAAAAACGAAAUCCCAAAUUGAACCUCUCUCACAAGUCAACAGCAUCGCACGGUGGCGGCGUUUAUAUUCCCGAACUGAUUGAUGAUAUAUUUUCCAGCGGUGGCUCAUCGGCUAAUAGUCGCGAAUCGAGUGGAAGUAGUGAACAAGAUUGUAAACGUCGUUUACGAACGAUGUCAAAUAACAAACGUACAUCGACAUCAUCGAAUGUUAGCGGAAGUAGUUAUUCGUCACAAACAAGCUCCAACGAUUCUAAUCGGACACCGUGCUCUCGUUCUGCUAACACGGAUAGAAUUCCACAAACACCUUCGAACUGGAAACUUGGUCGACAGUUAGGACAAGGUGCUUUUGGAAAAGUUUUUCUUUGCUAUGAUGUGGAUAAUGGUUGUGAAUUAGCAAUUAAACAAAUACAAAUCCGGGGUAUCAAUUCAGACACGACACGAGAAGUGAAAUUUCUCGAAGGCGAAAUCAAUAUCUAUAGACAACUCGAUCAUGAACGUAUUGUGCGCUAUUAUGGUGUUGAACAAACCGAAGAUUACCUACAAAUAUUCAUGGAAUAUAUGGCAGGAGGAUCUGUUCGCGAACAAAUAUUAAACUACGGCGCAUUGACAGAACAGUUGACUAAAAAAUAUACGAAACAGAUAUUGGGCGGCCUCGUCUAUCUGCAUGAAAAUCGUUAUAUACAUCGUGACAUUAAAUGCGCGAAUAUUCUACGAGACAUCUCAGGUAAUAUAAAAUUGGGUGACUUUGGUACAUCAAAGCGUUUAAUUGCUAUUACCAACAAUAACCAAGCCAAUUCUGGAACGAUCGGCACUGCUCAUUGGACAGCACCAGAAAUCAUUCAAGGAAAUAUUUUUGGUCGCAAGGCAGAUAUUUGGAGCCUUGGUUGUACUAUAGUCGAAAUGCUAACUACUGGUCCACCCUGGCAACAUCUUCAACCAAUUGCUGCUAUCUUUCAGAUUGUGACAUCGGAGAAACCUGAAUAUGAACUGCCAAAAAAUGUUUCCAAAUCAGCACGCGAAUUCAUCCAAUCGUGUUUAACCAAAGACUAUCAACGUCGACCAACUGCAACAGAUCUCUCUAUUCAUCCGUUUGUCUGUGAUUAA